AUGGCAUCAAUUGACUUUACAGAUCCUCAAGCUGCUGUCAAGUUUGUGGAAGACAACAGAGAUAAGUACAUGAGUCUAAACGACGAGGCUCUUAUCUUAGCUCAGUCAACUAUCGGCAUGAUUCGACUCCUCAUUCUUAAUGACCUUCCGGGUGCUCGCGACAUUAUUGAAUCAACUUGUACAAUCCUGUCUAAGAUUGACGGCGUCACCCCUGUUCAUUCGCGUUAUUACCGAAUGAGUUCGCAAUACUACAAGCUUAUGGGUCAACACGCCGAAUACUACCGCGAGGCGCUUCGGUUUCUUGGGUGCACGGACAUGGCCGAACUCUCCGACGAGGAGAAGCAGGAUUGGGCGUUUUCGAUUGGACUUGCAGCUUUGCUUGGCCAGGGAGUGUAUAAUUUUGGCGAGUUGAUCUCCCACGAGAUCCUCGAGUCGCUGCGCGCAAAGAAGGACGCCGCGUGGCUCGUCGACUUGCUGCACGCCUUCAACAAGGGCGACUUGGACGUGGUCGCCAAGCUCAAGCCGAAGUGGUCGAAGGUGAAGGACCUCGCGGUGGCCUCGCAGUUUCUCCAGGAGAAGGCCGUCCUGCUGGCUCUCAUGGAGAUGUUCUUCCGACGUCCACCCAACCACCGCACGGUCACUUUCGAGGAAAUCGCCAAGGCAACUCGGUCCCCCGUCGACAAGGUGGAGUAUAUUGUGAUGCGAGCCCUCUCGCUCAAUCUCAUGAAAGGCCGAAUCGACGAAGUCAACCAGAAGGUCAGCCUGAACUGGCUCCAGCCUCGUGUUCUCGAUCUUGACCAGAUAAAAAGCAUGGCUGAGCGCCUGAACGCUUGGCACCAAUCAGUGACCUCCGUCAGCAACCUCGUUUCUGUCGACUCGAAAGAAAUUCUGAUCUAA